AUGGAGAAAGGCUUUGCCGUCCAAGAUGGUUAUACAUCAUUUAUAACAAAAUGCACAAUAUGUGCUGGAGAUGAAAAAAGUGGUGAUAGUAAAGUGUAUGUGAACAAAGCAACCGGUUAUUUUAUAUGCCCAAAAUGCAAUAUUCAUGGAGAAUGGAAAAUUUUAGAAAGACUUGUGAAACGAGCCAAAAUGGAAACAACAAUAAAAGAUUAUAUAGAUAAAAUGCAACAAAGUACCAGUCUUUUUCAAAAAGACUGGGAAAAAAUUAAAGAAGAAACUACCUCAUUGUCAAAACUAAGUGAAAAGGAAAUGCUAGAUAUUUUUACACUAUUUGAAUUUCCUUACCAUCCAGAUGCUUGUAAAGUACUAUUAGAUGUAAGAGUCUCUGCAGAUAACACAAUAUUGUACUUUCCUUUGAAAAAUGCACUUGAUAUAGUGAUAGGAUAUCGUAAAAUUCAAGCUGGGAGAGAGGAGGAAGCAGAAAACUAUGGGCAACACACAACGGGCCUAUUCUGGUGUAAGGCUCACAAAGUCAGUCACAAUGCCCAAGCUGUUCUGGUCCCUAAUAUUCAGGAUGUGUUGCAUUUAGCAGCACACAAAGUUCCAGGUUCGCUCGUGUGGCUGAAUAACUGCAAUCUGCCACCGGUUGUUCUUCCGACGCUCGAAGGUUAUCAGAAACUCUGCUUGUGGGGCGACUGGGACAACAUGCGUGCGGUCGCUGAGAAACUGGGCGAGGACAGAUGCCGCUUCGUGAGACCCACAGAUGGGCUAGUGACAGCAUCAGAAACAGCCGCCGCUAAUCUACCUCUGAAGACGCUGGUGUCGGAGGCCAAGCCUGCCUCCCAUCGAUCUAUAACGACCUUUUCCGCUUUGAGGGACGACGUCUAUUCAGAACUAACGAACAUUGAUAAGGUGCGCGGUAUAAAAUGGCGUCGCUUUCCCGCCCUAACCCGUCUGCUGGGUGGGCACCGGCGCGGCGAAUUGACCAUCCUUACUGGACCCACCGGAUGCGGCAAGACCACACUGUGCGCCGAAAUGUCGCUCGAUCUCGCCCAACAAGGGGUGAAUACACUAUGGGGAAGCUUCGAGAUACGCAAUUCACGGCUGGCGCGUACCAUGCUGCAGCAGUUCGCGGGUGUACCGCUGGAGCAGCACUUGCAGGACUUCAACAGAUACGCUGACGACUUCCAGAAGCUUCCGAUAUACUAUUUGGCGUUCCACGGACAGCAACCAAUCAAAGUUGUAAUGGAGGCGGUGGAGCACGCGCGCUACAUGCACGACAUCGCGCACGUGGUGGUGGACAACGUGCAGUUCAUGCUGGGCCUGGGCGAGGAGCGCGACGGCGACCGCUACCAGCGCCAGGACGCGGUGGUGGCCGCGUUCCGCACCUUCGCCACCGCCCGCCACUGCCACGUCACGCUCGUCAUGCACCCGAGGAAGGAACGUGAAUCGGAGGACUUGUCCACCAGUUCCAUCUUCGGCAGCGCCAAAGCGUCCCAGGAAGCGGACAACGUACUUAUAAUUCAGGACAAACGAUUAACAGCUGUGCGCGGUAAAAAAUAUUUGCAAGUCGCGAAGAACCGUUACAGCGGUGAUCUCGGAAUCGUCCCCUUAGACUUCGAAAAGGACUCCCUUAGUUAUCAGUCGAAGAGGAAGAAAUCAAAACAGGACGAUCCUGACAAGUUGCUAGACGAGUGUUUUGAGGAGUACUCGAUAAAUGGUCAACAUUAUGAUGUCGAUGAAAAUGGCGCCAAAAAGAGUAAUCAAGUAAACAAAGCGAGACACAAAAAAGAAAACGCAACUACUUACCUAAGUGAUAUUUUAAAUUUGAAUAGGAAUAGA